GCGGGGCGCGGCGGCCGGCGGUGAGGAAGGGAAGGGGAGGGGAGGCAGCUCGCCGGGCCGCACCGAGCAGCUUCCCCCCCUCCGGCUCAGCCAUGGCGUACGGUGGCCUGACGGUGCCCAUCAUCGUCAUGAGCGUUUUCUGGGGGCUGGUCGGCGGCGUCCUGCCGUGGCUCGUACCCAAGGGGCCCAACCGCGGUGUUAUCAACACAAUGCUGGUGACAUGUGCUGUUUGCUGCUACCUGUUUUGGCUGAUUGCGAUUCUGGCUCAACUCAACCCUCUCUUUGGGCCGCAGUUAAGCAAUGAAACAAUCUGGUAUCUUAAAUAUGACUGGCCUUAAGGAUGUCUGUCCCCUGCUGCAAUUUAUUGACAAGGUAAAGAAGAGAUUUCCUCCAGAUGAAAAACUCCACUGACCCAAAGAUGCCUUUAAUGUAGUUGGCUGGAUACCAAGCCUGUAUUAAUGCCUUAACCUUUCUAUUGUGCUUCAAAUGGCUUGUUCAAAGCCCUGUAUUUUUUUUCCGACUGUACCGUUUAACAGUGUGCCUCAUGCAAUUUAUACUCCUCUUUGGUACUGUAAUUUUUUUGCCUGUUAACUUCGGAUGUGAUGAAAAUUUCUAAAGUUUUUACGGGUCAUGAAGUCAGCUUUCCUGUUCAUUUUACUCACCCUGUAGGGACACUGUAUGUAUCUUCCAGGUCUGAGGUUGUCUUUUCCUGUGCUUUCACCCCUGGUCUCUUUGACUGCACUUGAAAGAAAUGUGUGCAAUGAAACUGUAUGAAGAGAGGAGAAACAGCGGUGCCUCGUGCUGAUGGCAUUUAUUUUUUUAAAAUGAGUUGUAUUCUUGGGAAAUUUGGUCUUAAAUUUUUCGUGCCUGGGAAUAAAACUAAUCCUCUGCUUUAUACAAAAUGCUCUGGUGCCGUGCUUAACUGUUACAAUGUGCUUUUCUGUGGUUUUAAUCAAAUGAUAGUUGGCCAGAGUUGACGAAACUUAGAUGACGUGGAUAAACUGGAAUAAAGUCAUGGAGUGUGAUGA